AUGCAGAAGGACAAGCAGCUCAAGAAGAAACAGAAGAAGAAGGAGAAGAAGGAGGAACAGGAAAAGAAGAGGGAGAUCAAGAAUAAGCGGAAUGGUUUGCUGACAGAGACAUUGCUUGCAGAGCUCAAGGAAACUCACCUGGGCACAUCAUCAUCCUCGGACAAAUCGCGCUCGGCCUCGACAUCCACCAUCACACAAAACUCAUUGGAUAAGGCAGCACUGUCAUCGACUUCAACCCUUGUGCAGGGAGAGGGAACAGCUACUUCCAGUAAUCCGGAGGAUGCAUCAUUGACUUCCACUGUCAAGCCCGGUCUUCUAAUUGUCACACUCCAUGAGGCGAAGGGCCUGACACUGCCGCCGGCACAGGCGGGCUCGUCGCAGCGACCCCCUUCGUCUGGCGGCACGGGAGGCAACACAUCUAGGCCGGGAACGUCAAACAAUAACAUGGGACACUCGCGACACCUCUCCAAGCUGUUCAGAACGUACUGUGUCAUGGAGUUCGACAAGACGCAGGUAGUUGUCAAUGCCAACUCUGGUGUGCCCGAUGCUCCCAUGUUUGCUGGCGGCACCACUCAGUUCAAGUUCGAUGUCAGCAGGGAGGCAGAGUUGAGCGUCGGUAUUUACAUGCGGAAUCCCGGCCCCAGAGGCGUUGGUGACGAGGACGUGUUUUUGGGCAGCUGCAGGAUACUGCCUAGCUUCGAGGAGCCUGUCCAGGGCGCAAAGAAGCAGCAGCCGGCCAGAGGUCUUAGUGGGACCGAGUGGGUGCCGUUUUCCAACUCGUCAGGAAGCGUCAAGAUCGGUGUCGAGUACAGGCGUAAUCAGGACAUGCCGCUUAGCAUGAGCGAUUUCGACUUGAUGACGGUUGUAGGUAAGGGCAGUUUUGGAAAGGUUAUGCAGGUCAAGAAACGCGAUACCCAACGCAUCUACGCCCUCAAGACCAUCCGCAAGCAGCACAUCAUCUCUCGCUCAGAGGUCAACCAUACCCUCGCGGAACGUACCGUGCUCGCGCAGAUUAACAACCCCUUCAUCGUGCCGCUCAAGUUCUCGUUCCAGUCGCCCGAGAAGCUGUACCUUGUCCUGGCGUUCGUUAACGGAGGAGAGCUUUUCCACCAUCUCCAGAGAGAAGGAAAGUUCGACAUCAACCGAGCGAGAUUCUACACGGCCGAGCUUCUCUGUGCCCUCGAGUGUCUGCACGGCUUCAAUGUCAUCUAUCGGGAUCUGAAGCCGGAGAACAUUCUGCUGGAUUACACUGGACACAUUGCGCUCUGCGACUUUGGUCUGUGCAAGCUGAACAUGAAGGAGGACGAUCGGACCAAUACCUUUUGCGGUACGCCGGAGUAUCUGGCACCCGAGCUACUCCUCGGACAGGGAUACACCAAGACUGUCGAUUGGUGGACGCUCGGAGUGCUUCUGUACGAGAUGCUUACGGGCCUGCCACCAUUCUACGAUGAGAACACGAACGAGAUGUACAAGAAGAUCCUACAGGAUCCGCUCCAGUUCCCACCAGACAUAGACCCACACGCACGGUCAUUGCUGAUCCGACUGCUGGAUCGCGACCCCGCCAAGCGAUUGGGCGCCAACGGUGCUGCGGAAAUCAAAUCGCACAGGUUCUUUGAAAGUAUCGAUUGGAGGAGGCUACUCCAGAAGAAGAUCCAGCCCACGUUCCGUCCCAAUGUGCUCGACGCUAUGGACACCAAGAACUUCGAUCCAGAGUUCACGCAGGAGAUGCCCGCAGACUCCGUCGUCGACGGCGAAUUCCUGAGUCAAUCGGUUCAGCAGCAGUUCACCGGGUGGAGUUAUAACCGUCCGGGCCAGUUGACGUCGGAUGCACCGGGCAGUAUCCGAGAUCCAGGACAUCUCUGA